UAGUUAGAGAUGAAUCAUUAAUUUGAAGAUUUUAUUUUUAAUACUCAGAAUUUUCAAGAUUAUUAAGGAUAUAGUUAGGUAAACUAGUUUGUACUUACCAAGGAUGAUUGAAUUUAUGAAUCAAGCGUUAGAGCUAGCCAAAGAAGCUUUGGAGGCGAAAGAAGUACCAGUCGGAUGUGUGUUCGCCGUGGACGGAGUUAUCGUCGCCAAAUCACGCAACUGCGUAAACCUCACGCGUAACCCCACCAGGCAUGCCGAGAUAAACUGCAUAGACCAAGUAAUUGAAUACUGUAUGCUUAAUAAUAUAGACCAUAAGGCUUAUUUUAAGAAAGUGUCCGUUUAUGUGACAGUUGAGCCGUGCAUCAUGUGUGCUGCCGCUCUCGACAAUCUCAAUGUUUUAGAAGUUGUUUAUGGAUGUGCUAACGAUAGAUUCGGUGGUAAGACAGUCUUGGAUGUUAGUCAGUUUUACCAAAACAGCUACAAAUUAAAUGGGAAUUUAAUGGCGGAUGAAGCAAUGUCCCUAUUGAAGCAAUUCUACAAAGGAUCUAAUCCGAACGCUCCAGAGUCAAAAGCUAAAAAAAAGAAAGAAUGUGAAUGAUGAUGAUUAUUUGAUGAUUUAAUUAAACCUAGGCGCAGACCACCAACUUUUAGUUUGCCGAUAGUUGGGCACGAUUCUAAUUUGUAUGACGAAUCGGCCGAUACCAAAUCGGUGUAAUGUGCGCACUUUUGUGGCACUUUCAUACAUCUCCAUCCUGAUCAACAGCCCGACCCAAUUAUCGGCCAUCUUAAAAUCGGUGGUCUGCGCCUAGGCUAAAUUUUCCAUUUACCUAUUAAGAUUUGAUACAAAUUUUUGAGACCUGCCCAGCAACCGCGCGAUUUUAGAUCUAUUCCACUUUGAUCACUUGGGUAAUCUAAUCUAGGUUAUCAAAGGGAAUAGACCCGAUUUACCCUGUCUGAAUAAGGCCUAAGAUACAUUCUAACUUAAUUAUUAUUAUUUACGGGAUUGCUACCAUGUACUUUAAGUUUCUUUUAUGUUCUGAAACUUCGAACACAUUGUUUCAUAUUUUUUUAUAAAUAAAAAAACUAUUCCAGGU